CAGGUCGCGACUCGAGUGGAGCUCGAUCGUUUGCGACAAGAGGUCUCCACCACAUCAACCAAAUUGGCUCAUCUCUCGGAUCUCCAGAACUGCCUGAAUGAGGAGCAGGUUCGGAGCAUCGUGAAAGAAGGGCUGGAAAAGGCCAAAGCGCAGAUGCAAGAGUGUUUGCAGCCUUUUAGUCCUUUGGAGAGGCGUUUGGAACAACUAGCUGCUGAGGUGUCUCGACACCAAACCCUAGCAGCGCGAGCUCGGGAGGAGCUAGGUGGCCUCUUGCGGGCAGAGAUGCAGGAUGUGGCCAUGGAUGCUGCGUUGCGUCAAAGGAGCUUGAUGGACAGUGAGGUCCGGAGCCUUCUGGAGUUGCAACGAAGACAGUUCACUGAAGCUCUGGAAGCAGCAGCGAGUCGUGCUUCCUGCCAGCUCAAGGAUAUCUCAACGACCCAUGCCACAGAGGUGCGCGCCUUGGCUUCGCGGCUGACAGAUGCAGAGCGCUUCGCUCAGCAGGUGGGCUUCGCGGUGCAUGAGAUGCAAAAGCACCGCGUGAAGGCCCUGCAGAACGGCCACCCGAAGACGGCUCCUAUGGACGAGAUGCUCUUGCAGCAGCUACAAAAGGAGAUGCAGAGCUUUGUGUGCUUCAGCGAGACAAAGACAAGGGAGCUGCAGGAAGCUCUGGUGGAAUUAAAGGCAACGAGCUGUGAACAUGCAGUGCAGCUUCAGAGCUUGGCGUCGGAGGCCGUUGCGAUGAAUCAGCGCCUUGACACAGCGCUGCUGCUGGAAACCACUAAAGUCAGAGAUGGCGGUAGCGAGGGACCUCCACAGUGGACAGAAGCCAUGAAGGGCAUGGAGACCUUGACAGAUAUCGUGGGCAGCUUGGAACGUGAAGGCCCCUCGAGUCCAACGGUGGCAGCAGUCCGCCAUGAGCUUCAAGGAGAGCUGCAGCAGGUGUGGAAGGUACUUCGGCAAAUGGAAGCAAGGUGUUCAGCAACUGGUGACGCCAAGCAAACCAAGGCGAAGGCUCAGGUGACGCCGAAGGCGCACCCAAGGGCAAAAGAGUCCAAUUCGAGGACAACAGCAGCUGCAGCUAAGAGUCAGGACAGCUACAGCGAGGAGUCUUACACUGACAGCGAGGAGAAGUGAGUUGAAGACUUCGGCUGCCACACCAAGAUUUCGAGCAGCAAGCGGCCCUGACAAGGUACGCGCACAGCCCAAUGAUGCUUUGCCGUCUGUAGCUGCUUGCGGUUUGGCCAAACAAUGGUCGGACUGACUUUUGUAGGAGUGGAGAUCAUCCGAA